UUUAAGCGAAGCAGAUAUUCAUCAGCAGCAAGAUGAUGACAUCAUGAGGAUAUCUACUGUGCUUUCCAUUUCGAAUGUUGAAGCCGGCUUCUUGCUCCGUUACUAUAAUUGGAGUGUGAGUAAAGUACAUGAUGAAUGGUUUGCUGAUGAGGAGAAGGUACGCAAGGCUGUUGGCUUAUUGGAGAAGCCUGUAGUUAAAUUUCCAGAUGGGAGAGAAAUGACUUGUGGAAUUUGCUUUGAAUCCUAUCCUUGUGACAGACUGCGAACUGCUGCUUGUGGUCAUCCUUUCUGUGAUUCAUGCUGGGCAGGUUAUAUUAGCACAGCAAUUAAUGGUGGUCCUGGAUGUUUGAUAUUGCGAUGCCCUGACCCAUCCUGCAGUGCUUCUGUUGGUCAAGAUAUGAUUCAUGUCUUGGCUUCUGAUGAAGACAGAAAGAACUAUUCUCGCUACUUCAUUAGAUCUUAUGUUGAGGACAAUAGGAAGAAUUCCAGCAACUCAGGGUCUUGGUUUAACAUGCUGUUGCCUGAUUAUUGCCACCAUAUGAUUGGAUCUUCAAGGGGUGAAUAAUAAACACUCUUACUUCUUUCCUGCAUGAAUACUGUUAGCUGUCCUAAAAUAAAUUUAUUUGUGGCCUUCUGUAUCAUUGAGUUUUUUCAUAUUCUUUUAAUUGUUUUGUUUUCCAUGUACUUUUUCUUUUGUACCGGCCUUAUUUUUUUAAUGCAGCUAUAAGUACUUCAUUUCUCUAUUUUUAAAGUUUUUACAUCUUCAGUUGGACUAUGUCUUCAAUAUAUUUUAUACUUUUCC